AUUCCCAGCUUCCGGGGUAAACGGAAGACAUCAGAAAGAGCACAUCGAAUGAGAAAGACGCUAAUAAGUCAGUCCUAUUAUUUUUUCUCCAGUUUGAAAUAUUUACGUCGUAUAAAAUACAUAUUUGAUUCUUUAUUUAAGGAUAAAGUGGUCUGGAUGCGCUAGAAGCACUGUGCUGCUUCUCGUGCUAUCUUUGCUUGUUAGUUAGCUUAGCUCGCUAGUUAGCUUAGCUUGUUAGCUGCUAACAGAAGACACAGAAGUUAUCAACACAUCGCUAAGUAGAGAUCAAGUGUGAGAGUAAAGUGUUGUGAUUGUGUGAAAAUGUCUACAUUACAAAUGUUGAGAGCGUUGGUGGAUCAGCGACUAACUGCUGCCGUUGAAGAAAUAUUUGUAGUGUUAGAAAGAACGAUAGCAGAAUACCAGGCGGAACUUUCUAGAACUAAAGAGGAGAACAAUCAACUACUGGACGCUGUUUUCAAGAAACAUCAAGUUGUGUUACACAGAACAGACGUCGAAGAACAUAUUUUUCGUGAGCAGGAAGAGGAACCACAGUCCCCCCACAUUAAAGAGGAAGUUGAGACGCCACAGACCCAUAGUGUUAAACUGACCCUUCACAUUAAAGGGCAAGCGGAGGACCCACUGAACUUACACAUCAAAAAUAAAGAGGAGGACCCACUGACCCCUCACAUUAAACAGGAAGAGGAGUACCCACUGACCCCUUACUUCAAAGAGGAAGAGGAGGACCAAGAGCCGCCGCAGAUUAAAGAGGAAGAGGAGGAAAAGGGCAUCAGUCAGCCUAAAUGGUUGGAGGAGUUCCCAGUGACUGGUGUCCCUGUGAAGAGUGAAGAUGAUGAGGUGAAAGGUGAAAGUGAGGAGAGGGGAGGGGGGGAGCCUCCAAGCAGCAGCUCAACACAACACAUGACAACAGAAGCUGAUGGAGACCACUGUGGAGGAUCACAAGCAGACAAGCUCUUAGCUCCACUAUCAGAUAGUGAGGACACAACGUCACACUCUCCUGACACUGAUGAUGAAGACUCUAAAGAUGAUAAGACAUGUCACACUGACAACACUCACUUCACAUCUUCUCACUGUCACAAAACCUUUAAAUACCAUUGUAGUCUGAAAGUACACAUGAGAACACACACUGGAGAAAAACCUUUUUCUUGUUCACUCUGUAGUAAAGGUUUUGCACAAAGUCACGAUUUGAAAAGACACAUGAGAACACACACUGGAGAAAAACCUUUUUCUUGUUCAAUAUGUGGUAAAGGUUUUACACAACGUCAAAAUUUGAAAGUACACAUGAGAACACACUGGUGAAAAAAACGUUUCUUGUUCAAUCUGUGGUAAAGGUUUUGCACAAAGUAAUAAUUUGAAAAGACACAAGAGAACACACACUGGAGAAAAACCUUUUUCCUGUUCGACCUGUGGUAAAGGUUUUACAAGAAGUACAUAUGCGAAAGUACACACGAGAACACACACUGGUGAAAAAUCACAUUCCUGUUCAAUCUGCAACAGAAGCUUUUGUUGACGAUCAACCCUUGUAGCACACAUGAGAAGACACCCAGGAGAGAAAGUGUUGAGUUGCAGUGUGUGUGGUGAAAGAUUGUCUUCUAAGUACCAGUGUAAGAAACACAAGUGUGCUGGUGAGAACAGCAGCAGCAAAUGAAACUGCAGGAUUUGAAAUAAACUGUCCAGACUUUCAUUUUGACUUUCUAACAACAUCAUCACAUAUAACAUGUGUGACAUUGUUGUUUGUCUAACAAUCUGUUCAAUAUGCUUCUACAUUUAUAGAUUAGACAGUUUGAAAUAUAAAAGUAUUACUUAUUUGUAGUUGUAAUUGUUGAUAAUCCCAUAGAUUAUCACCUUUAUAUGAUAUACAUAUGUACUGGUUCACAUCUGAAACAUCUUCUGGACCACUUCAGGAAGCAUAUUAUUAUUUACUUUAUACAUCAUUUGAACAGUUGUCUUUUAUACAAUUUUAAAAUGUGUGACUUUAUGAAUCAUUUGUUGGGUCUCUAUAAUCCAUUUUAUUAAUCAUCUUUACUACUCUCUUUUGUAAUAUGAUGAUUGUGUUGUGAUUUUUUUAUACUUUAACUUAAUAUGUAUGUACUUGUACGUUUAUGCAAUAAAAAGUGAGAGAAAAUGGC